CGAGCGAACCCUAAUCCGGGGUGUAACUUUGCUAAACCCUUUCCUCUCUCAUACGGGAGCCCCAUUUUCAGAACCUCUGCCAGGCCAUCGUACUACGCCGCCACCUCUACUGCUCGCACGGGCAUAUCCCCUGUACUCACAAAGUUGAAACAUUGCCCUUAUCUGUUCGGAAGGGCUGACUUUAAGCUCGCAUAUCGUCCAACGAAAUGCCUUAUCGGCAGCGUCCAUCGGAGUGCUCAUGGUUCUCCAUACGGAACUUCCCCAAAACCAGAAGGUUUGCAAGGAAAAUGGGUUUUGAAAAAGAUGAUAUCUACUUUUGGAAACAGAUGGGGAAAGCAAUGUUCUGCACUUAUAUGAUAUUUGGACUUGCCUGGUUGUGGAAUGAAACAUCUCCGCUUGGUUGGUGGACCUUUAGGUCGAGGCCCAAGGAAGAAAGAGAAAUGGCUAACUUGUAUGAGCGAAGGAGAUUUCCAUAUCCAGGUGACAAAGAGGCAGUUGAGGAGUUCAUUUUAAAGGGUGGUAUGCUUGGGACUACCAUUGGACCCAAAGGAACUCAAGACUCAGAAAAAGAUGGUGAGAAUUUCCAGAAGAAACUGCAGUCUGAGAAGUUUGAUCAGGAGGCUAAGAAGCUUUGGUCUCGCAUGAAAAGUGAGGUCAUUCAGGAGCUCCAAGAGAAGGGAUUCGAGGUCAGAGCUGAAUGACCAGUUUAAUUUAUAUCAAGUUGUUCAUUUUUCCUAUUUCUUAAAUUAGCAUUUUUGUACAAAAAUUUUAAUUUUUAUAUUAGAAAACUAUUUUAAGCCAUAUGAAAGGCUUCCCAAAUGAAACCUUAAUUACACCUAAACUGGGUAGAAAUUUAAAUAACUUCGUUUGAUAUACUCUAAGAGACAAGAUAUACUCUAAGAGACAAGAUGGUUCAAUGCUUCAUGUUUUAGGAUAUUUACUGAUAAUAUCAAACUAGGCAGAUGCAUUUUUAUUA